AUGGGUAAAAACAAGCAAAAGAAUACUAACAACUCCUACGGCUCCUCUGUGGCCAUCUCUGGCGGGAAAAAUAUAUCCGCCGGUAGCUGUACCCCAGAAAAUCUAGGUUACGUUGUGCUAGACGGCGAGCGGAUCUUAAUCGCUACUGCUUCAAAUGAGGACCAUAAGGUCCACUUUGAAAAUGACUACCCACCACCACCUCAGACCAAAGUUGUGUCUGUUGAAAAGAUUAAGCGGCAGCGUGACGAGAACCGCCAACGCCUGCUGAAAGACACCGUUGUCAACACACAAAAAUAUCUUGUGCAAAAUAAUACAUUUAAAGUCGCCGGUCUGGUGAUAGCCGGGCCCGGUCACCUCAAGGAGCAGGUCGUUCAGAUGCUUCCGGAACCCACCAAGAGGAUGGUGAAGGCUGUCCUCUCCACCGGGAACAGUGGGAAACAAGGCCUUAAGGAGGCCUUGCGACAAACAAAGAACCUUUUAGGCAAGUUGAAAUCUGAUGCUUCUAAUUCUGUGCUAGAUGAAAUCUUCACCCAACUCAAGUGUGGCAACGAUCAGUUGGUGAGCUUCGGUGAUGAAGUACGUGAGGUUGUAGAAGCUGGCGCCGCAAGGGUUGUUUGUGUUUGGAAAGACUGCCCAAGUCGGCCUUGGUUUGUCGAAAACUGCAUGUAUUCUAACACGAAAGUUUUCAUCCUAACCGAGUCAACCGAAACCUCCAAGACACUUGUUAAAACCUUCAGUGGUGUGGCAGCCCUACACCAUUACAACUUCUCACUUCACCAAAGUUUAGCGGCAAUAUAUUGA